AUGUUAUCGAUGGCUAAAGACUGUGAAGUAGAAGUGUCUUCCGAAGACGAAGGCUUUAAAGGCGCAUGGUACAGAGCAAUUCUACAAGAGAACCCGACCAAAUCAGGAAGGAAAAAGCUUCAAAUCUGUUACAUGACCUUGGUGGACGAAGACGGUUCGUCUCUCCUAACCGAGCUCGUCGAACAGAGGCUGAUCCGACCCGUCCCUCCGGAGGAUCCGAAUCCGAACAACGGAGUCGAUUUCGAGGAAGGGUCCGUGGUCGACGCUGAUCUGAAAGAUGGCUGGUGGACCGGAGUGGUUGUGAAGAAAAUGGCGGAUGACGAUAAGUUUCUGGUUUACUUCGAUCAUCCACCUGACCUCAUGCAGUUCCAGAGGAAGCAGCUUAGGACUCAUCUUGACUUGAUUGGCUCCGAAUGGGUCCGACCCGAGAACAAGGAAUUGAGCAAGUCUUUGUCUAGAUCGGGGACAAUGGUGGAAGUGAGUUGUAAGAUUGAUAAGCUCGAAGAUGUUUGGGUUCCUGCAUUGAUUGUUAAGGAAGAUAAUGAUGAUGAUGAGCAGAAGAGAUUCAUUGUCAAGUGUUGCGAUGAUAAGUCUUUUACCUUCGACGGUGAUGAUGAUGCGAAACCAAACAUACUAGCCGUUGAUUUGUGCAACGUCAGGCCUAAACCGCCUCCUUGUUUCGUUGAGAAGUAUGAUUUGUUGGACCGUGUUGACGCGUUUCGUGGUGGCUUGGGAUGGCGUCAAGGUCUUGUGAGAAGGAUUCUCUCAGAGGAACGUUACAUAGUGAGCUUCGUGGCAACCAAAGAGGAGUCUGUGUUUAAACACUCUAAUCUUAGACUCUCACAGGAUUGGGAAGAUGGUGUUUGGCUUCAACAACCAAAGAGUCUGACCAAACCUGGAAACAAAACUCCUUCACAAGGCAAGAGAAAGAUGUCUAUGGAAACUACAUUGACGUGCAGACCAAAGAUGUAUUCUACUGCUGCUAAGCCGAUCACUUAUAAAAGGACUAGAAAGCGUUCCAAAACAUCCUCUGAAAAUGUGGAGACGAUAGGCAAUGAGCGUGAAAGUGUAGCUGCAAUCGAAUUAUCUUUAGCUCGGGUGUCGUUGAACCAAAAGGCUGAUGAUGCAAGGAAUGGUGAUGAUACACCAGUCAUAAUGAUACCAACUGCAAAGGAAUCUGCUCCACCUGCAAGCGCGGUCAUAUUUGCAACAACAGUGAAAGAAACAGAGUUGGAAACUCAAGGAGAGACAUCUCCUUUGAGGAAUCAGAAUGUCUUAGGAGUUGAUUCAAAUGGAGAGAAGAAUUCUGAAGAGCAUUACAGCAAUGACAACACGCAUAGGCUUAUAGAGACUGGUGGUGAGGCUUGCAAUGGUUCAAAGGCUCUGAUCACUGAUUAUAUAUGUGAUGAUGAUGAUAAUGAUGAUCAGCCCCUCUCUUCUUGGAUCCUUGGAGAAAAAUCAUCUACUUCUUGUCAUAAGUCGAAGUUAUCUCAUGAUACAGCAACGGUUCUGCCUUUUGUGAAACACUCACCGGUUUGGCAAGUGUUUGAAUCAAUGGAGGUCUUUAGAUCAGUGAAGCAGAGACCUCAUUUUAGCCCGUUGCUCGAGUCAAGAGAGGAGUUCCGUGAAGGUUUAGCUGCGGGUGAGAUGGUGAAAUAUUUCGGUUUAUUAGAGAGAGUAGAGAAUCUUCAGCUUCACACUCCCAAAAGCACACUAGAGAGGCUGAGAGAGUGCUUUUUCGAGCUUGACAAGUAUGGAUUCGAUGUUGUUACUCCUAUAUCGCGGAUUGAGAUGUUGUUAUCUCUCAAAGAUACGCAAGUAAAGAGACUUGAUGAACUGAAUGAUAAGGAGAAAAAGGUGGCAGAGGAAGUUGUCAAGAAGGAAAAGGUUGAAGAAGAUCUGAGAGAAGUUGAGCGCAAGAUUCUCGAGCUGAGGAGCCAAGAAACAGAGUUGAAAGAUAAGAAGGUUGCUUUAGAGAAAGAAAUUGGUGAAAUGCAGUUGUUUGCGUCAACUCUUGACAAGAAGAUUCAAGACGUGGAGGUUGAGUUUCAGAUGAUCGUGUCAUCUCCUUGGUGA